UGAGCUUCUGUUUCCGGUUGAGGAUUCGCUUGGGAGCUCAUUGUGAGUAGGUUGAAGGUUGGAGGGUAUAAUGUUUUAGAGUAUCUAGCGAUCGCGUUUGGAACAUUAAGACCAAGUAGUGUAUAUUGAAGAAUAUGGCAGCGUAAAUUAACGCUUAUUGUAUCUGUUGUAUUUUUAUUAUGUUGUGAAGUUCUGUGUUUGUAAUAAUCACGUUUCUCUGCCAACAAGCUGUGCGAAGGCAUAGUCACAGUUCAAUGCAUUCUACAGAAUCCAGGGAGUUAUCAUCAGAAGAGCGUACAAAAUUACAGUUACAGGAUAGAAGGCUGGUCUCAGGUCACCAAGCAGAAAAAUUAGAGUUGCAUGCAAAGAGGUACUGGGAUCUCUUCUACAAAAGAAAUGAAAGGAGAUUUUUUAAGGAUCGACACUGGACAGCGAGGGAGUUUAAAGAACUGUGCAAUGACUCUGAAAAUUCGUAUAUGCCAAAGGUGAUGUUGGAAGUUGGUUGUGGUGUUGGAAAUCUCAUAUUUCCUCUUAUUGAAGAAGUAAAAAUGUUCGUGUAUGCUUGUGAUUUGUCUCCAAGAGCAAUCGAAUUUGUGAAAUCACAUCCAUCCUACAAUGAAAAUACAAUUAAAGCCUUCCAGUGUGACAUUACAACUGAUGAUAUAUCGAAAGAGAUAGAGCUUGAAUCCAUAGAUAUAGUUACAUUGAUAUUCGUUCUAUCUGCUAUUCACCCAAACAAAUUUCAUCAGACAUUACUGAAAGUGUUUACUGUUUUGAAACCUGGUGGUAUAGUUCUUUUUCGUGACUAUGGGCUGUACGAUAUGGCUCAACUACGGUUUAAGGCUGGCCACAAAAUAUCAGACAAUUUCUAUAUGAGGCAGGAUGGUACAAGGAGUUAUUAUUUCUCCAGUGAACUUUUGGGAAAUUUGUUUGUAGAAGCAGGAUUUGAAAUUAUCAGCAAUACAUACAUUCAUCGUAGAACUAUCAAUAAAAAGGAAGAUUUGAAUGUUCCAAGAAUCUUUGUACAAGGAAAAUUUCAGAAACCUUCAUGAAUAUGAGAGUGAAAUUCAACAAAACUCUACAAAUUGAAAGGUAGAGAUGAUGAUGUUCACUAUCAACUUUGUUUUAUUAGUGAACAUGAAAGUGGUCACACAUUUUGUGAAUUGAACUCUGCAAAAGAAUGUAUUAUUCAGAUAUCAUGGAUCUUCUCUUAUUUGGCAAACAUCUAACAUUUUGGCAGUGAAGUGAUCUGAGAGAAGUCCUAUGGUACAAGCUGUGAACAGCAACAAAGUAAGUGUUCCUCCUGCACUGCAUUUUCAAAUUUGUUAAUGAAAGUGUAAUGAACUUAUUAGGUAGAUUGUGUGUUAAAGUGGAUGUAGUGAUGACAUUAUAGUUCAAAUGAUUACUGUGAUAUCUAACCAUAUCUUUCGCCCCUAUCUGAUGGCAUCCUUAUCAGAUGUGUGUUAAAUGCAAACAGUUUGUAAGAAUUCCAUGCCUUGACUUUAAUAUAUAUUUUCCAGGAUCUGAGAGAAGUCCUAUGGUACAAGCUGUGAACAGCAACAAAGUAAGUGUUCCUCCUACACUGCAUUUUCAGAGUUGUUAAUGAAAGUAUAAUGAAAUUAUUAGGUAGAGUGUGUGUUAAAGUGGAUGUAGUGAUGACAUUAUAGUUCAAAUGAUUACUGUGAUAUCUAACCAUAUCUUUCGCCCCUAUCUGAUGGCAUCCUUAUCAGAUGUGUGUUAAAUGCAAACAGUUUGUAAGAAUUCCAUGCCUUGACUUUAAUAUAUAUUUUCCAGGAUCUGAGAGAAAUGUAUUGUACACGCUGUGAACAACAAUGAAGUAGAUGUUUCUCCUGCACUGCAUUUUCAGAUUUGUCAAUGAAAGUGUAAUAUAUCUUUUUGCAUUAGUCUAGUAAAAGCAAAGUAUUACACACAUUAAUGGAAAGGUAUGCUAUAGGAAAGUGCUUUAUGGUCAUAAUAAAUUACUUCGAAUUACCUUUAAGGGAUGUCUUCUGUUGAAAUCUUAAUAGUAUGUAACAGUUUCACCUUUCAGCAAUUUUUAGACUCGGAAAGAAAACGUAAGGUCCACUUUUUGGCUACUGUUCAAGCUAUAAAGCACAUAAAAUUUAGUGUAGUCUGGUUCCUACUAUGUAUCCAUUGAUAGUUUAGGAAGUUAUAAUUAUAUUAAUCAUAAAUCUGUCACCACUUACAAAGUUUAAUGAGGUGUAAUUCUGUUAUGGAGCUGGAUUGUACUUUGUUUUAUUUGUAGAUUUUGAAAAUGCACGCUACCACUACACCGCGUGAUGGAACUAGUUGAUUUAAAGAGACUAUGAUGUGACGUUAAAGGAUAGCAUGUGUUACUCUUUAUUUAUAUAAGUGUUUGCAGUAUUCUGUGUUGCUGUAAAUAUCAGUUUUGGAACUUGGGAUCAGAUUUUUAAAACCUUUUUUUAUUAUAUGAAGGAAAACAACAAAACUUUUCACUGAUAAUUUUCUGAUGUAUCUGUAAUAAUGCCACUCUUUUAUGUCUUCUUAAUUGUUUAAUGAACUUUCUAUAUAUAAUUUAUGUUUUUUGUGAUUAUAAUGUUUGUACAAUGUUCUUUGCCUACAAAUGAGUUUUAUAUACAUAUAAUUUCCUUUGUCAUUUAUCUUUUAUCUACACCCAUUCUAGUUGUUUAUGAAUAGUAUAAAAUACAAACGUUAUUCAUGACAGAAUAAUUAUUAAAAUAAAACAUACAUGAUGGCACAUGUUAGUAUUAGUAAUAAUAUCUCAUAUGUGGAUGUGUGCCUGCAGUUUUUGUGAAACCAGUGUUUGAUAACUGCCAACUGUACUCAUCUUAUUUGUAAUUUAAAUAUUAAUGGUUGUACAGUAUUAUUCUGUAAUGAAGAAUAAAAAUCUUUGGACUUCUGCUGAAUAUAAA